AUGAUCGACUUGAUAAUCACAAACAAAGCCGAUUUGGUGGAAAAUAUUAAAACAGCAGACACUGGAAUAUCCGAUCACAAUCUAGUAUCCUUCUCUAUGGAUUUUAAGCCAAGAAAGGUGCCUCCCAGGAUAGUAACUAUAAGAAACUGCGAGAAAAUGGAGAUAGAAAAAUUCAAGUUUGAUCUACAAAAUGCUCCAUGGUCUACUUGUGAAAUGUUCGAAGAUGUCGAAGACAAGUGUUCAGUAUGGACAGAUAUAUUCAAAGACAUAUGUGAAGAACAUGCGCCAAAAAGAAAAGUUAAGCUUCGACGACAAACAUUGCCAUGGAUGAGCGGUGCAUUGAGACACAAAAUGAACAGGAGAUACAAGGCUUUGCAGAAAGCAAAGAAAGAAAGAAACAACGAAGGACUGUGGAAAGAAUACCGGAAGUUGAGGAAUGAGGUGACAGCAGAAUUAAGGAGAGCUAAAUCAACCUACUUUGCGGAGCUUGCAAAUUGUCAAAAAAUAAACACACGGAAGUAUUGGAAAAUUCUAAAUCAAGCCAGUGGGAAGGAAUCAAACAUGAAGACCAUUCGUGCGAUUAAGUCAGAUACUGGCGCAUUGGUCACAAAUGAUAGAGAGAUAGCAAAUAUAUUGAAUAAGCAUUUCGCAACUACAGGAGAAAAGUUAGCAGGUCUCUUAAACAGCCACUACGUGCCAACAGUAGAGCUCAUUGAUCGAAUAUCCCCAACCGUUAUGGAAAUUGAUAUACAGGAAGAGAAUGUAAAAGAGAACUUGUUAAGGCUCAAUACACAUAAAGCGACUGGCCCAGAUGACUUGCCACCGAUUUUGCUGAGAGCAGCUGCCGAAGAAAUCGCACCAUCAUUGACAGAUAUUUUCCAAACAAGUGCAAGGACUGCUACUCUACCCAGUUUGUGGAAGGUGGCAAGAAUAGCAGCAGCAGCACAUAAAAAAGAUGAUGAGAGAGACAGAGAUAAUUAUAGACCAUUAUCCAUGCUGUGCACUCCAAGCAAAUUAAUCGAGAAGGAAGUACACAAAAUCUUAGUUAACCAUAUUGAUAUCAAUCCUGGUUUACUAAAUCCAAAUCAGUGGGCAUACAGGAAAAAUAGUUCAACGGAAGCACUGUUGUUACAUAGGACAGAGAUAUGGAGGAAAGCAGUCGACAGCAAUAGAGUGGUGGGAGUUGUCUUCAUCGACUUUAAGAAGGCUUUUGACUCUGUCCCUCAUCACCAACUACUGCUAAAGUUACAGCGGGCAGGCAUCUCUGGAAAUUUGUUGUUGUGGAUCCGAAACUACCUCUGUAACCGACGCCAAUUCACUAAAAUAGGACUGUGCGAUUCUGAAAGAGAGGGUGUUGACUACGGGGUGCCACAAGGAUCAGUCCUGGGGCCCCUAUUAUUCGCACUCUUUUGCGAUGAUCUUCCGGACUGUGCACGGCACGAUGAUGAAGAAUUAGAAAUGUACGCUGAUGAUACGACCUUGACUAGUAUAGGCGAAACAGUUGACCAAGUGAUCCUCAAACUAAAUGAGACAUUAGGCCUUGUGAGUGAAUGGUGUUACAAAAACGGAAUGACGGUCCAUCCAGCCAAAACAGAAGCCAUGCUCAUUAAACGCGGAACUUUCGUAGGUCCUCUACCACCAGUACAGUUAAAUGGUAGUUUAGUGAAGUGGCCGCGCGUAAAGAAGUCAAAAUGUCUAGGAGUGACUUUGGACAAUAAGCUGAAAUGGAAUGGACACACAGAAAAUGUCAAACUUGCAUUCGUCAGGAAAUUAAAAUCAAUGGGUUUCCUUCCAAAACAUAUGCUGGAAGAUUUUUACUGGAAAGUAAUCUUUCCAUCCAUAACAUACUGCAUUCUUGUUUGGGGAAACUGUGGUAAAACACAUUUCAAAGCCUUGGAAAGGUUGCACACAAGAGCCGCACGUAUAAUCUACAGGUUGAAUUGGGACAUACCAAGCCAAGAAGUGAUACAUAAAACUGGCUGGAAAACACUGAGCAGUACGUAUAAGCAAAGAGUAUUAAGCACUGUCUACAAAUGUUGUUACAGUGAGGCACCAGACCAACUCUGUCAGAAUAUAAUUACAAAGAAAGAUAACAAUUUAAGAGGAUUAGAAAAGUUGGUUAUUCCAAGACCAGAAACCAACUUCCUGCAUAAGUCAGUAACAUUUAGGGGAGCAGUAUUGUGGAACAAACUACCGACCAAUCUCAAAAAUGAGGAACGACAUAAUAAUUUUAAAAUGUUGAUAUGGCAACAAGAUCUUGAGGCAAUGGAUUUUACCUCCUAUACAAACAAUAAUGAUCUGAACUAUAUCUAUUUUUAA